GUUGACAAGAAGCUUUUCAUGGAAAACCACAAGACAUAUGGAUGGUGUUUCCGUUUGGCUCGUGCCGAUGCAGGCUCAAUAAGGAAUCAGAGGGAAUAUAAGGAGAUAUCAACCAUGAAGAAUGGUGUUUUCUUUACGACCACUGCCAUGCAGGAUCUAAAGCGAGAUUUCGAUAAGUCAACGCGCAUAUAUAACAAGACACAGAGCGGACUAGUGGAUGAAGUUGUCACUGUAGCAUAUAGGUUAUUCCGGGGUCAGCACAUUCUCUCUGCCCCGAGCGCUAGCUGAUACCUUUUUGGCUUCUUAUUGCCUAGUCUUGGAGGAAUUGGCCGCGGUACUCGCCGAUCUGGACGUUAUCGUUAGCUUGGCUUAUGUUUCGGUCCAUGCUCCGUCACCAUAUAUCAAGCCGAAGAUGCAUUCAAGGGGAGAGGGAAACGCCAUUCUCAAAGAAGCUCAGCAUUCGUGCAUGGAAAUGCAGGAUGACAUCCAAUUCGUUACGAACAAUGUUAGCUUACGCAGAGGCAGUUCGAAGUUUUGGAUAAUUACAGGUCCAAACAUGGGUGGUAAAUCCACCUACAUCCGGCAGAUCGGCGUCAUUGCUCUAAUGGCUCAGGUUGGGCUCUUGGUUCCAUUCUCUGAGGCGGAGAUGACAAUUUUCGAUUGUAUACUUACUCGUGUUGGGGCGAGCGACCCGCAAAUGAAGGGGAUGUCUACGUUCAUUGCUGAAAUGUUGGAGACCCCGACUAUCCUCAAGUCGGCAACUUCUGAGUCCCUGGUUAUCAUUUAUGAGCUUGGGCGAGGUACUAGUAUCUAUGAUGGGUUUGGGCUAUCUCAGAGCAUAUUGUCAAGAAAUCAGAUGUCUUCCAAUGCUUGGGACCCAUUUUCAUGAGUUGACUGCGCUGGUCGACGAAUACCCCUCUAUAAAGAACUUG